UCUUACACUACUAAAGUUUCAGCGGUUAACUUGACUGUUGGAGAAACGUGGUCAAUUUCAUCACCAAACUAUCCUCAUGAGUAUCCAAACCACGCCUAUAAUACUUGGUACAUCACGGCUCCAUCAAACUACUCUGUGAUCAUCACAUUCAUAGCAUUUAAUCUGGAAUCUUGCUGUGACCAUCUGAGCAUAGGGAAUGGUCAUACACCUGGGAACUUGGUGGUAAAAACUUUCUCAGGACAAGAUAUACCAGCGUCUUUGAGAUUGUACAGUUCUAACAGUUGGAUGCGAUUCACCAGUGACGAUUCAGUCACGCAUCAGGGAUUCCAACUGCAGCUAACAGUGAUCCCUAGAUCUCUAGGGUGCGGCAAUGACUCUUUCACAUGUAUCAACAACAAUUGCGUUCUGAAUUCUCUAACUUGUGACGGUUACAAUGAUUGUGGUGACUUUUCUGAUGAGGAGUAUUGUCCACCCUGUGUUCCUCUAGAGAAUAUAGGUGAAUGUGGACAAUUACCGUAUGACAGAACAUACUUCUCGAAUCAGUAUUCUCCAAAUUCUCCUCAGGCAGUUCUUUCUUACAAUUUUAUUAUACACAGUUUACAAGGUUGUCAUCCCAGAGCCAUCGACCUUGCAUGCAACUUGCUGUUUCCUGAAUGCAUCCAUCAAGGACCUACAAAUCGCCCAUGCUACUCAGAUUGUGUGAAUAUUACAGCACACUGUAGAGAACUCUUUGAGCAGCACUCAAACAUGUCUUGGCCAGUAAACUGCAAAGACUUUACAGAUAAAGGGAGAACACCUAAUGGUUACUGCCAGGGAGCUACAGGAGACCUGUUCAAAACUGACAUCUGUGGUACAAGACCAGCAUAUAGACAGAAAUUUGCCGAAAUAGUAGGUGGCGUGGAUGCAAAUGAAGGCGAAUUUCCCUGGAUGGUAUAUUUGAAAGAUAACGGAUCCGGUUUCUGCGGAGGUACUCUAAUCUCUUCCGAAUGGGUAGUGACAGCAGCUCACUGUGUCUCUUCUGGUAGCCGCUAUACUGUGGAUGAGGUUGUCUUUGGGAAUCUCAACAUUGAAAGCACUUCACCAUAUCGCCUCAGCAUUACACCCAGUCAAAUAUUCAUUCAUCCCGACUAUGAUUCUUUCACCAAUGAUGCAGAUAUAGCACUCAUCCAACUCUCUACGCUAGUCAAUUACACUGAUUACAUCAGACCAGCAUGUCUUGCAAAUUCAUCUCAAGAAACCACUGUAUACAAGCAAUGUAUAGUAAGCGGAUGGGGAAAUACUCAAAUUGAUGGAUAUCCAGACCACUUGCAGAAGGCAGUCGUGGGUUUGAUUAGCAGAAUCACCUGUGGAAGUCUACUUGGGAUUGAAAGCUUUACAGACAACAUGAUAUGCGCAGGAUAUGAAAGAGGAGAUAUAGAUACCUGUGACGGUGAUAGUGGUGGUCCUUUAGCAUGUGAAGGUCCAGAUGGUAGAUGGCACCUGGUCGGUGUAACCAGUUGGGGAUAUGGAUGUGCGGAACCAGGAAGUCCAGGAGUGUACGCGAGAGUCUCUGAGCUGUUGCCUUUCAUUCUAGGAGUUGUGAAAAAUUACGCAGGCAGUGUUCCACCAACAUUAGGUACUACUACGGCCAGUCUAACCAAUGACAUGAUUUCAGCAACCCCCCCAGCAAACUCGUCCUGCUUCGAGUGUGCAUCUAACUAUGAAUGUGUGUAUGAUCCAAGCUGGGUUUGCGAUGGUAUCGAUGAUUGCGAUAACAGAGAGGAUGAAUUGAACUGCAUAGCAACCCCCCCAGCAAACUCGUCCUGCUUUGAGUGUGCAUCUGACUAUGAAUGUGUGCCUGAUCCAAGCUGGGUUUGCGAUGGUAUUGAUGAUUGCUUUAACAGAGAGGAUGAAUUGAACUGCACAGCAACCCCCCCAGCAAACUCGUCCUGCUUUGAGUGUGCAUCUGACUAUGAAUGUGUGCCUGAUCCAAGCUGGGUUUGCGAUGGUAUUGAUGAUUGCUUUAACAGAGAGGAUGAAUUGAACUGCACAGGUACUACUACGGCUAGUCCAACCAAUGACACGAUUUCAGUUUCAGUGGUUAACCUGACUGUUGGAGAAACGCGGUCAAUUUCAUCACCAAACUAUCCUAAUGAGUAUCCAAACAACGCCUAUUAUACUUGGUACAUCACGGCUCCAUCAAACUACUCGGUGCUCAUCACAUUCAUAGCAUUUAAUCUGGAGAGUGGCUAUGACCAUCUGAGCAUAGGGAAUGGUCAUACGCCUGGGAACUUGGUGGCAAAAACUUUCUCAGGACAAGAUAUACCAGCUUCUUUGAGAUUGUACAGUUCUAAUAGUUGGAUGCGAUUCACCAGUGACUAUUCAGUCAAGCGUCAGGGAUUCCAGCUGCAGCUAACAGUGAUCCCUGGAUCUUUAGACCUUGUUGUUUGCCCCGACGGAACUUCUUAUAAUUCUACUGCUCGGUGCAAUUCUAUUGAUGAUUGUAAUGAUGGCAGUGAUGAAAACAACUGCAGUAAGUAUUUUGUCUUUUUUUAAUGAUAAGUUACAUCUUUAUAUUUGAGGAUGAAAAGGUA